AGCCUCAGUUGUGCCCCGACCCUGGAGGUGGAUGUACGCGCGUGCUCGGCGGCGGUGAUCCUUGUGGCACCCCCUCCUCGAAUUGUGAUCCGUGAAGCCCCGUAACACUUAUCCUUUCUUCCCUGCGGCUAGACUGACACCCGUGGUGCUGUGGCGAGGCGCAGGAAGGGUGAAGGAUACGUACCAAGGGGAAGAGAUAUAUUAAGAAGUGAAAGGUUAUUGUUGUUUUUUUUGUUUAUUAUUUUUGUUUUAUGGAAUUUUUUGAAGGAUGGAUGAAGCGAGACUGGGUUUGUAAGGUGGAGUGAUUCUGCUACUACUACUACUAUUAUUACUACUACUACUACUACUACUACAGCGAGGCGAGGCGAAGCUAACAUACAGACAGACACAAGCACGCCAGAUAACAGUUAUCAUCACUGUCGUCACCAUCACCAACAACAUCAUCACAAGUCACUGGAUGUCAAGGGACUGAAUCGAUGGGUGAUGGUGGGUGAGGGGUGAGUCAGCCAGGAGCCUCAACUCAGCACCAUGAAGGGACUCACCACCACCAGCACAACACCAGGAGGAGGAGGAGGAGGAGGAUGGAGCAAGACUUGGGUUACUCUGUUGCUGCUUGCCUCCCUCCUGCGCGCUUCUACCUGCCUUGCUAUCGAUUACUACGAUGACGACGGGGGAAGACGAGAAGCAGAAGCAGGGAGUGGGAGCGGCGGCGGUGACGGAGGCACCGAAGGAGGAGCAGGAGGCAGCGGCGACAUGCUGGAGGUGGAGAACAUUCACUCAUCCCAUCAGCUGCGGAGAGUCACGGUCGGGGAGAGGUUCCGCUUGAAGUGUCGCCCUGAAAAUUUAGUCAAUGCGCAGCUGCAGGACUUUGCCGCCGUCUGGUACUUCAACAGCGAACCCCUGGAGGACCUGCAGACACCCCGCAUCAGAAUCACGGGCCCCAGUCGAGUGUGGCCCAGGCUGCGGGUGAAGGAGGCGCGGCUGGAGGACUCUGGGGUGUGGGCUUGCAGGUGGCGGCUGGCGGGGCCUUACAGGGGCUGGGUCAACUACACCCUGGAUGUAGUGGAGCCCCCGGUACCCUCGCUGCCCCAGGCCUUGUACGCGGACAACAAGGUGUUAGACGAGGAUGUGUGUGUGCCUCCUGAGUUUACAAAGGACCUCAACCUGCUCACCAUCAAGCCGGCGGGUAACGUGGCGGAGCUGAAGUGCCAAGCGCGGGGCACCAACCUCAACACCACUUGGCUCAAGGACGGAGAGAAGCCAGUCAGGCAGCUCGGGGACGUGAAGAUCAAAGGGGCAAUGCUCAAGAUGGAGAACCUGGUGCCAGCGGACUCCGGGAACUAUACCUGCGUGGUGUUCAACGAGUGUGGCGCCAUCAACCACACCUACGGCCUGGAGGUGUUGGAGCACAUCCCAUCACGGCCAAUCAUCACCAAGCGCCUGGAGAACCAAACAGCCUACGUGGGUGAUAGGGUGGAGUUCAAGGUGGACAUCUGGACUGAGAACACCCUGAUGCCCUAUGUGGUGUGGAAAAGAGAUCUGCCCUUCACUUGGUCCAGAGCCAUGAUGGACAAGCUGCCUCGUGUGGUGAUAGCCCCUGAGGUGCUGGAGGCGGCUGUGGAGGGCCAGGAGGGACGCAACAUCACCAGCUCGGAGGACCCCCAGGUGUUAAUCCUGAGUAACGUGACAGAGAGGGACGCCGGUUGGUACACCUGCAUUGCUGCCAACAGUCUGGGCACAUCCUUCUCCACAGCUUACCUCAGUGUGAUUGAUGCUGAGCCAGUGAUGCACGACCCUGAGUAUCAUGCCAUCAUGGUGCUGACAGUGGUGCUGCUGUCGGUGAUGGUCAUUGGCAGUAUCGUGGCUUCCUUUGUGUGGAAGAAGUGGCAGAAGGAGAAGCGGCGAGCCAUUGAGUUGGAGAGAGCCAAGGCCAUCACGCAGCACUGGAUCAAGAAGGUGAUUGUUGAGCGGCAGAACUCUGAUGCCUCGCAGGAGCCACUCUUGGUGCCUACCAUCAAGAUUGAGCACUGCCAGUCCCGGUCACGCCUGGGCUCCGAGAUGACCAGCAUCUCUGAGUACGAGUUGCCCCUAGAUGCCGACUGGGAGCUGCCCCGGGCUAAGCUGAUCCUAGGGGAGUCCCUGGGGGAGGGGGCAUUUGGCAAGGUGGUGAGGGCCGAGGUGCAGGGAGUCAAGCGGCCAGGCCUUGCCUCCACUGUGGCUGUCAAGAUGCUGAAGGAGGGCCACACUGACUCAGAGCUCAUGGACUUGGUGUCAGAGAUGGAGAUGAUGAAGAUGAUCGGAACACACAUCAACAUCAUCAACCUGUUGGGCUGCUGUACCCAGGAUGGGCCACUGUACGUGGUGGUAGAGUAUGCAGCCCAUGGCAACCUGAGGGACUACCUACGCAACAACCGGCCAUCCUCAGGGUAUGAGAGAGCCAUCGGGCAGGAAAUGGAUGCCAUCACACAGAAAGACCUGGUCAGCUUUGCCUUCCAAGUGGCCCGUGGCAUGGAGUACCUCGCCUCAAAGAAGUGCAUCCACCGUGAUCUGGCUGCACGGAAUGUUCUAGUCAGUGAGGACAGGAUCAUGAAGAUUGCCGACUUUGGCCUGGCCCGGGACAUCCACAGCCAAGACUACUACCGUAAGACCAGCGAGGGCCGCCUCCCUGUCAAGUGGAUGGCCCCCGAGGCUCUGUUCCACCGUGUCUACACCUCCCAGUCUGAUGUAUGGGCUUUUGGCAUCCUGCUUUGGGAGAUCAUGACUCUGGGAGGCACGCCAUACCCCACCGUGCCCUCUGUGGAGAAACUCUUCCAGCUGCUGCGGGAGGGACACCGGAUGGACAAACCCUCAAACUGCUCCCUUGAAAUCUACAUGAUCAUGCGGGAGUGUUGGCGCUACCAGCCCACCCAGCGGCCCACCUUCAAGGAGCUGGUGGAGGACUUUGACCGCAUCCUCACCCUCUCUUCCACAGACGACUAUCUGAACCUGUCCCUGCCCCAUCUGGACACUCCCCCCAGCAGCUGCGGCUCCUCCCUCACCUCAGACGUCCUCUCCCCACACUGAGCCUGUCCCGCCCAGCCACACUCGCACCAAGAAGGCAGAGGUGGAAGCAAGCAGUGGCAGUGGUCAUGGUGUGGUGACAUGUACUUGGUCAUUAUAUCUCUAAACAUUGCUGAUUAAAGACUGCAGAAAAUUAUGUAAUGUUCUUAGUGAAGUGUGAAGUGAGAAAAGUGUGUGUAGAGUACGUAUGCAUGUGUGAUGAGUCUGUAAAUGGAGACCAUUAUUGUGUUAUGAUGAGGAGCAUGAAAGGAAUAAGCAAAGAUUCAUUUGACAAUGCAACAUUGAUAAACUACACAGAAAGUGAAUGGGCAGUGGCAGAAGACAAGCAAAGUGUGUGUGAAGUGUGAGACGAAACACUGCUGCCCUCCCGUGUGUCGUAAAUACUUCGUGUUUUGAAACUCUUCAGAAUUGAAAUAUGCUUAGACUUUUAUUCUUUUAUCAUGAAAAGAUGACUCCCAACCAAUGCAUUAAGUCACUGUACGAGCACAGCAAGUGGAUCUCUGCUGUGUGGUGUAGGGAAACCAUGAACUCUUUAAACUUGCUUGGUGUUGCCUCAAAAUGACUUGCAACAUGUCAUGCAGAUACUCGUGCUGUGUCUCUAUGCUUGUCAAUCACCUGAAAUACUAUGAUCAAAGAAGUGUCUGAUUUAUUUUUAUUCAUAUUUAUGUCUGUGUGGUCCAUAGACGUGCUAUGGAUGCUUAGAUUAGUGACAACAAACAGUGUUCAUGUACUUAAUUUAUUAGGGAUUUUUUUGUACAAGUUCUCUUUGUAAUAUUGUCACUGUACUACCGAGCAGUCAUUGUCAAGCUAUAGUCUUAGCUGUAUUUUUUGUGCCAUAUCUUGAGUCUCCCUUCUGCCAGCAAGCGUCUGUGUCAUAAAGUGUGUUUGAGAGUGUGAGGCUAGGUGAGGGGGGAGUGUAGUGUGGGGUGGUGAUGGCAGCAGCAGCAGCAGCAGCAACAGUUCUCAGGGUAGGGGCGCAUGGCAGAAGGGGAUGCUGGAACCUGCAUUUAUGACCGUAUGAGUGUAGUGACAACAUACCUGGGGUCAACUGAACACCCAUGGAGCUGCAGUAAUCACCAAGACCCAGGUGGGGUUAAGUUGACCUUGGUUGUUCUGCCGCUACGCAAGCUUGCAGAGUAGAGUGCUUGUGAGACUUGUUCAGGGAAAACACAGGGUCAAUUCAGCUGUCAGAGUAGUUUCAUAAGGUAUUUAUUUACCGACCCAAGGGAUUAAAGCAUUGCAAAAUCUUUGCAUCACCUGGGUCCCAUCGGGCAGCCUGCCAGGACAUGGUGGGAGGGAUCCCUGUGGUUGGGAGAUGCAUCUUUUGCAUGAGGCUUUGAUCAGGGCACCAAGAUGUGGUAAGAAUGAGGCUUGUUGGCUAUUGAAGGUUGGGUCCAAAGGAAACAAGCACUAGGCCAAUCAGUUAUUUUUGUUUUCACUUCCUGAACAAAGGUACAAAUGGGGAAAGUCUCCUCAUUGUCAGUAAAACAAGGUAUUUUCCUUGAUAUAAAUCCCAGUCAGAGCAAAAUAAUUUACCAUAAUUGUUAAGAGUCAGCUAUGGUGCUAUAGUUUUUAGUUAUGCUGAAAAAUGUUGAAAAGCAGUGGAGGCAGGUGGCAGCAGCACACACAACUGUGCACUGCAAUGUUCCACAACACCUCACUGACAAGAUGCUCAUCACAGGCAGGUGUUGCUGACUGGCUGCUGCAAGAAAAUUCUCUCCAUAAACCAAAUGCUAAUUCCUUUUUUUUUUUUUUUUUUUUUUUUUUUUUUUUUCCACACUGAAAAUGUUUUAUGUUUUUACUGCAAUGUGUUUGCUUCCUCUGAUGUGUGGGAGCCAUGCCUUAACCCCAAGUGAAGCUGGGCCAGGGCAGCCGUGUGGGGCGGCUGAUGGCAGGUGUAUUAAGGGCGGGUGGCUGAUGGCAGGUGUGUCCCCACAAAUAUACAUGGGGGAAGUGUUUGCUGUAGCUCCCACAAGUUCUCAUGUACUAGUCACCCACUGUAACCUGCACCAACUAUGGAUGUCCUGCCUUUGUCUCCCCUCCACUCUUAGUUUUCUUUUGCCACUUCUUUUUUCUUUUUAUUUUAUCCUUCAAAGCUCAUGCAUUGCUGUCUGCAACUGAAUCCAUAUGUAGGAGAGAGUUAAAGCUAUUCACAUCUCAUGCAGUGUACAAAUUAUACAAUUUAAGAUGAUAAUGUCUUCCCUCUAAGUAUAAAAUUUUGUCAUUACAUAUUACUUUGAUAUUUACUGAACAGAAUUUACUUUUGUAAAUUUCCCAUAAUGAUGAACCAAAGUUAUGUCAAUGACAUAAAGUUCAUAUUCUUGUUUUAGUUCAGUUUUCUUGAAAACUUUCUUGUGAGAUUGAGGCAAUCAUUGCUUCAAGCAAAGCUGUGCCCAGUGCCUUACAAGAGCCUUGAGACUCAUGGCACCACUCAGGCUGCAGCAGCAAAACAUGGAUGCCACAAGGAGGGGAGCCUCAGUGGAGAAGGAGGCAGGCAGGACUUCCAGGAGGUCAGAGAUUUAAGUGCCAAGAGUUAAGUGAUGCCAAAGGCUUACACACGUCCAGGUCAGUGACAGGGUGUGCCACCUGGCGCUGACCUUCACUAACAUUCUCAAACACGUCUAUUCUGUAAGGCAAGGUCUAGGAGGGUGUAUCACUUAGCGGUCGUUGCACUUUUUAGACUUCCAUCUUAGUCAUUAACUUUAUGUACCAUAAUCUGUGUGGAUGGUGAUAGCAAUAUGACAUUUAUGUUCUUCAAAUGUUAUGACAGUUGAAAUUAUUCUUCUCUUACUUAUCAUUCAUAAAAAAAACUGAAGAUAUUUUUGUUUAUUCGUUCAGAAUGGUAAGGCAUUUUUAUGACAGUCUAAAUUUAUAGAUUGUUUGAUAAACUGUGAAAGUUCUUUACCUGACAUGUAGGGACUGUAGUCCUCAAUCAUCAAAUAUUUGGUCAAAUGUAACAAUUUUGUAAAAACUAUUGAGCCUAAAGUCUUGACUGGUCAGAUACAAAUCUAAAGCAGUAACAGCAGUGUUUGGUCAAACUUAACCAGAACAAUUAAUACCAAAUUUAAAGUCUGAGCCGCUGAGUUUGGUAAAAUAAAUGGGAGUUUUAGAUCAAAAUACCAUAACAAUACUGGUUGAUGGCAUAUAGAUAGACUGACCCAGAGAUGGUGGCUUUAGUUUUAUAACAAAUUUUGUACAUGUGAAUCAGUGCAUGUAGCGAUACACAGAAUAAAUAUUUGUUGUCUUA